CUUCCUGCCGGAUGUCCCAAGCAAUUCUUUCUCAAAUUCAUCUUCUCUUCGGUUCCAAAGAUGUGCCUUGCCCCCUGCUUUACCCCUCAUCCAUCGUGAACUGCCACUGGCCCUCCUACUAGUGCUGCAUGAUGCAUGCACUUCUGGUUCAAUCAGCAGAGACGUCGAACAGGUCAGAUAGAUCACCAGCGUCCCAAGUAAUGGUUGCCAAAGCUCCUGCCCUGCCAUUCUCCGACGUCGAUUCAUCUUCUCGGGCCCAGCCAACCACUCCCUUCCACGUUGGUCCUACCAGCGUUCAAGCACGCCUCGACUACUGAUCGUACAGCCGGGCCUUGGGCAGGGCCGCCAGAUAAUCCCCCGCAAAUCAGGGAGUGAGGAAAAUGUUUUCUUGAUGUAUGCUGUGCUUUCUCCCCGACCAACGAAUCCGGAGUACAAUGGAAUGGCUACAUGGUUACCAACCACGCUUCUGACCCCGUUCCAACGCCCAUAGCAUUAUCUACUGACAUUGUCACAACCCAAAGCUCCCCAAACGGCCAUAGCCGGUGUCACUGGCUCGCUCAUACGACAUGGUCAGCCCGAAGGCUCCAUGUCAUCCAAGAGAAGUAUGGGAGUCAUGGAAGGUUACCAUUGCUCAGAUGUACUUGAGAGAGAACAAGACGUGUGCCGAAAUCCGAACACAUCUACUUGGGCAGAGCUUCCAUUGUAGCGAGAGACAGAUCAAAAAUCGGCUGAGCGAAUGGAAAUUCGAGUGCAAGAAAACGCCAUCUCAGCAUUAUUUGGCUAUGUUGGUCGUCGCAGACGCUUAUCCGGCUGACGGAUAUGAAAUCAUGUUCGAUGUACCAAAGCGCCAUGAUCGGGAGUUCUUCAGUCUCAAAAAGAUCAAGAAGGAAUGCGACAGAGUCAGAAAGAAGUGCCUCAAAGAGCGGGCUCGGUUCUUGCCACCUUCCCUCGAAGAGGCCCAACGGAUAUUGCAGGAUGCCAACAUCCGCGUAACUCGGGGGACAACUGGGACACAGCCUGUCUUCCAACCUUGUGUCUGCCACGAGGGAAAUGACCCUUACUGCUACUGGGGGGAUUGUUCUUCUGGAACUCGUCGUUCUUCGGUUGAUGGUUGGGGACUCUCAUUUGACGAAAACAGCUGGGCCUGCCAGGUCCCCGAACCAAUUGCCCCAUCUCCCACAUACUGCAGCUCUCCCAGCAUCAUUUCCACUCACAUGUAUUCUCCGUCCCGUGUUAACACUCCAUGCACGGGUUUUAGCGAUGACAAGCUGCAUGCUUCGUCGGUGCUUUCCAAUGGGACAGAGGACACGGGCAACCUGUCCGUUCAUAAUACUUGCGAAAAUAUCAGCUACACUCCACCGCUGGACGACUCUGAACCUCUUUCGGAUUCUGCGGAAUUUUCCUGCACUGAGCUAUCAACCGACCCUGGUCAAGUUGCGCCACUUGAAAGUGUCUAUCAUCCUAGGCCAAGAUCUCUCUAUGCUGCCUUGGUUCGGAAACCAAAGCUCUCGUCGCCAUCAGCGUCUGUGUGCGAGGAAGAGCCUAUGCGCGAUUUUGACCUCUCCCAAGUUCUUGACACGAACGAUAGCGAAGAAGGAAAUGGCCAUGUCGACAUAGGUGGGCCUUGGAGGUGGAGGAAGGACAACAAGGACUUUCACAUAAUGAACGCCUGCAGAUGGGCCGCGCCUUACUAUUGGCAAUGUUCCGGAGUCAGCGCGGAUCCGACCACGCUGGAACUGAACAAACGCCAGUCCAUGCACAUCUUGCGGCAGAGCCUCCGGGAAGACAACAAUCAGCUAUACCCUUGCCUCGCUUGGGUGCUCUCAGUCCUCGGAUCACAGAAUCGGAUGGCGGAGUUGAAAGACUUUAUUUCCACCAGCUGUACUAUCAUCGAUAACGACCCUGAGAUGCAAAAGAGUUAUACUUUUGCGGUGCCGUUUCACUAUGCUUUUGCCUUCGCUACCUACGACUAUACUCAAAUGGAUCAUUGGGGUAAGGAGCUCCCGCGCGCUUACACGGAGGUUCGAAACAGGUGGGGUGAAAGGCAUCCUAAUUCUCUGGUCGUCGCACAUUUCUACGCAUGGCAUGCACUUCACUCCCGCCAAUUCGACGAAGCUAUAACCCUGCUGAGACGUUGUCUCCCUAUAUGCGAGAAGGUCAUGGGUAGUCACAACCUCGUGACUAUCAAUUGCUUAACGAUCAUGUCCCGUGCCUUGGAAAAGACCCAGAAUAUUCGCUGGGCGAUAGCGUAUCUCCAGAGCGCGCUGAAUCGUUUCGUUGGCGAACGACCUGAUCUGGAGAAGUUGCGCCUGAUAUUAGUACAGAGACUUGCGAUGAUCCAACUACGCCAUACCGACGAUCUGUAUAGCGCUGAACAGAACCUUCUAGAGGUGCUUUGCUGUCGUGGCUUCCUAAGUGGCCUCGACAAGAAGGAAACGUGGUCCACCAUUCAUCAACUUGCCGAGCUCUUUUUUACGACUGGUAGGAUGGAACAAGGUUAUGCACUGAUAGACUACUGUACCAAGCACCUAAAUUGGCAACGCGACCAAGACCACAACUGGUACCAUUUUCCGGCGGAGGAGUCACCAGAUCCUCCUUGGUGGUGGCCGUUAGAAAUAUACGAGGCUACUGGGCUGAUGACUUUUCAUUUGUUUGAUUGAAAUCUAUCACAUCAUGGGUCAACAGCAUACCAAAAAACGUUACUUUCGGGUUGAAUAGGUUGGGUCUUUGGGCGUCGGAGCAAAAUGGUUAAAGAUACAUGGGCUGUUGCCCCUGCUGUUCUUUCGGUCUGAAUUUGGAGGGCGCCGUAGAUAAAACAUGCGAUAGUGCAGGGCUAUGCCGAGAGAAAGCUCACACCCUGGUAAACAAAUAGACUUGGGCUAUGACCAGUUUCAA